UUGUUUAGUUCUGACGGAUAAGGCAUGGCUUCCACUCCGCUACUCUCACCCUCCUCUGCCGCCGUAACCCACCAAUCUCUUCCUUCCUCUUCCCGUUCUCUCUUCCCUCUAUUCUCUUCCAAGCCCAUCUCCAAAUCUCUCCGGCGAUUUGAAAGGCUCCACGUGUCCUCUCCGACCAACAAGUCCGCCGCAGCCACUCCGUCCGCCCCUAAAAAACCCGCCGGAGAAACCAUCUUCUUCGACGGCGGCGCCCACUAUGGCGACCUACUUGCCAACCUGCUUCUAGGUUUCACUCUCUUAUGGCUGCCCUUAACCCUCGCGGCGGUUUCUAGGGCGUUCUAUCUCAGGUACAGGUUCACGAAUCUCCGGGUCACAGUGAUUUCGGGUCUCACGGGCCAAGACCGAAGCGAUUUCUCGUAUAAGGUGAUUAAGGACGUUCAAGUGGUACCUAGAUUCAUCGGCGAGUGGGGUGACGUCGUGAUUACUCUCAAGGAUGGGACUAAGGUGGACCUUAGAAGCGUCCCCAAGUUCAGAGAAAUCGCCAAGUAUUGCCUUGCCAUGGCGGAGAAGCCUGUCGUCUUGAGGGAAUCUGGGCCUAAAGGGUUCUAGAAUUUUUCGAAGAGAAUGAUGAUAGGAAUCAAGAACCCACUUCAGACCCAAAAUUCAGAGCCUAUGAUCCUUUGAAAGAGGCUUUGCAAUCUUCGAUAAGGGAAGUGUUUGAGGUGGAGACCGAAUAACAAGCCCAACAACACUUUUCAUAUUGGGAAAGUCACUUCUUCCUUGUGACUUACCUAAUUUGGAAAGUAAAGGUGAAGUCAUUUCUACUGUGGCAAACGAAGGAGGCAACUUAAUGGUGCAAGAGCUUCCAAGUGACUAGGGUGCAUGAAAAAUCCAAGUAAGCACAAUUUAAUCAUGCAGGAAAAGCUAAAAUGACGGCACAUGUCUUUCUUAUUGGGUCAUUAGUUUUUUUAUGUAUUUAUUUGGGCUAGACAUUUAAAUAAGGGAGAAUAGCAUCUAAGGCCUUUGGAAGGAAGAGAGCUGCAGAGAAAGCCUAAUAGAACUUGAAAUUUCUCAGCAAGGCCUAAGGAUCUGCAUGAAAUUGAGUUUUGAGAUAAAAGUCAAAUACCCCUGAUUUUCAUGAAUGCCUUUUUGAAUGUUGGUAGUA